CGUUACAGCGGUGGAAGGUUUAAGGAAAAGGCCAUUGAUUGUAUUUGAUGGCAAUUCAACAAGUACAAGCAUAAAGGUGAAGAAGACAGAGAACGGAGCUGCUGAUCGCCUGAAACCUCCUCCUGCUGGAAGCACCACCAACACUGUCAGAAGAUUAUCAGCCCCUUCAAAUGCCUCCACAUACAUUUCAGCCUCCAGUUUAUCCGAGGACGCUAAACUGGGAAUGAGGAACAGUGAGGCUAAGCAAAACAAUAUUUCAAAGACUGACAGCAAUGUGUUGGCUAGUCUGAAGGUCUACCCUUUGACUCCAAUAGCAGGAACUACUGUUGUGAAGUUGAAGAGGUCUGUUCCAAAGGAGGAAUCUGAUUUGCCG